AUGGCACGCCAGGGCGAAGUAUCGUCCUCCUCAGCCGCGGCGACAGGAUCAUCCGCCUCGGCUCCUUCGUCCGCGCCCUCCCCGCGCGACCGUAUCACGACGCACAUGAAUCGCGACCACCAGCGCGAGCUCUCCCUCUACCUGCGUCACUACGCCGGCCUCAGCCGCUCCGCCGCGACCUCGCCGUGGCUCAAGGACUGCACCUUUGAGGGCAUGACCAUCGCGGCCGGCGGGCUCGGCGGCAAGGAGUUCAUUGUCGAGUUCAAGCCGGCCCUAACGUCAUGGGAGGACGUGCGGCCCGCCGUCGUCGAGAUGGCGCGCACGUCGCAGCAGGCGCUGGGGUACAGCGACAUCACCGUUGGGCACUUUGCGCCGCCGCAGGGCUUUGACGUGGUGGUGUUUGGGGCCGUUGCAUUCUACUUUGUCUGUUGGCUCACGCUCGGGUUCGUGCUGCCCGGCACGCCGAUCUGGUCCUUCCUCCAGACUGCUUUCCCCGGUGGACCCAGAUUCUAUCGAUGGUUGGUCAAGGCCAUCUUCCUGCCCGUGUUGGGAAUCCACUUGAGCGAGUGCUACUGGUUCCACCGCACGAGGCUCCAGAGGCACGGUAUCGAGUUCGGGACGAGCCUGUGGUGGACGUGGAUUGGAAGUCUGUUCUUUGAGGGCCUGCCUGGCUUCUGGAGGUUCGAUGGCAUUGUCGCUGCCAAGAGACAGGAGAAGGAGAGCAAGACCCACUAA